UGACAUUUGAUAUAAUUGUUUUAUGUUUAAUGUUUUGGCAAAAACGGAUAAUUUUGAAUUUUGAUACUCGUAUUAUUAUAUUUAAUUGAAAAACAAGUUGAACAAAGUGCUAUUAGUGUAAAAUGUUUCAUAUUUCUGGACUUAAGCCUGUUGAAAUUUAAAAGUUUAAUAGUUAGUUAAUAUAAAUAUUAUCCUAACCUCAAAGAUUAUUUAAGUUUCAUUAAAAAUGUUUUCCAUUUGUCGGCAAACUCAUCCUGCUACGGGCAUUGAACACGCAAUAAGUUGUUGCUUCUUCAAUAAUGAUGAAGUAUGUCUUAUUACCGCUGGAGCAAAUAUUAUUAAGGUUUUUAGGCUUUUGCCUGAAGGACACACGAAGGAGGUUAAUGCCGCUGGUCAACCAAUUCCACCUAAAAUGAAAUUAGAAUGUUUAGCAACAUAUACUCUAUGGGGCAAUGUGAUGUCUAUUGCCUCUGUAAAAUGCCCGAGUGCUGGUCGUGAUUUAUUGCUUGUUUCGUUCAAAGAGGCAAAGCUCUCAGUAAUGCAAUAUGAUCUGCAGACAAAUAAUCUAAUAACACUUAGCAUGCAUUACUUUGAAGAGGAUGACAUGAAGGGUGGAUGGACAACUCAUCCACAUAUACCCUGGAUCAGGGUAGAUCCCGAGUUUCGAUGCGCUGUCAUGUUGUUAUAUGGACGGAAAUUAGCAGUAUUACCAUUCAGAAAGGAUAUCACUUCUGAAGAAGGUGAUCCCUUGGAGGCUAAACCAUUGGCUGAUAGCAAGAAAAAUCAACCAGCACAGCCAAUGACUAGAGCACCUACACUGGCAUCUUAUGUCAUUGUAUUGAAAGAUCUCGAUGAAAAGAUAGACAAUGUUCUUGAUAUACAAUUUUUAUAUGGAUACUAUGAGCCGACACUGCUAUUGUUGUAUGAACCUGUUAGGACUUUCCCUGGACGCACAGCAGUACGUAGCGACACAUGUGCGAUGGCCGGUGUCAGCUUAAACAUGAGCGCCAGAGUUCAUCCAGUCAUCUGGGCCACUGGGGGCCUGCCUUUUGAUUGUAUACAGGCUGUUCCAGUGCAGAAGCCACUUGGCGGUUGCUUAAUAAUGGCUGUAAACUCGUUAAUAUACUUGAAUCAGUCCGUUCCGCCGUAUGGCGUCUCGUUGAACAGCAUCGCAACCCAUACGACCAACUUUCCAUUACGCAUCCAGGAGGGCGUGUGCGUGACGCUGGACGGCGCGCGCGUGGCGUGGCUGGGCGACACGCGGCUGGCGCUGGCGCUGCGCGGCGGGCAGCUCUACGUGCUCACGCUGCUGUCCGACUCCGUGCGCAGCGUGCGCAGCUUCCACCUCGACCGCGCCGCCGCCUCCGUACUCACCUCCUGCAUGUGCGUGAUAGAGGAGGACUUCCUGUUCCUCGGCUCCCGUCUCGGGAACUCCCUGCUGCUGAGAGUCACGGAGCGAGAGAAUCGGAUGCUCUUCUCGGUCGAUAAGCCGCUGGAAGCCACGGUCGAUCUCACCGUAUCCGAGUCAGAUAGGGAAAGGGAAACCACCACCGCGGCCCCCGCCCCCAGCAAGGAACCCCAGAAGGAGCCGGCGGACCCGAGCGCCAAGAAGCGGCGCAUGGACACGAUCACGAUCAGCGACUGCGUGGCCAGCAACGUGAUCGAGAUCUCGGACAAGGACGAGCUGGAGGUGUACGGGUCCGACAUCCGCACGUCGACGCAGCUCACGAGCUACGUGUUCGAGGUGUGCGACUCGCUGCUCAACAUCUGCCCCAUCGGCGACGCGUCCAUGGGCGAGCUGCAGCUGCAGGCCGAGCCGCCGCGCCGCGCCGACGCGCCGCCGCUGGAGCUCGUGUGCUGCAGCGGCCGCGCCAAGAACGGCGCGCUCACCGUGCUGCAGCGCUCCGUGCGCCCGCAGCGCGUCACGGCCUUCGACCUGCCGGGCUGCGCGGACAUGUGGACGGUGAUCGGCGAGGCGGGCGAGGGGGGCCGAGACGCGCACCGGGAUAUGGAGGGCCUGCACGCCUACCUGCUGCUGGCGCAGGAGGACGCCACCAUGGUCCUGCAGACGGGCCAGGAGAUCAACGAGGUGGACAAUUCGGGUUUCAUGACGAGUGCGCCCACAGUGUUCGCGGGGAACCUCGGCAAUAACAAGUUUAUGGUGCAAGUGACGACAUGCGCCAUACGACUUGUGCGCAACGGCGCGCUGGUGCAGUCCAUCUCGCUGGAGUGGUGUGCGCGCAGCGCGGCGGCGGCCGACCCCUACCUGUGCGUGGUGUCCACGUGCGGCCGCGCCCUCGUGCUGGCGCUGCGCGAGCUGCGAGCGAGGGACGCCGCGUCGGCGCGGCUGGCGCCCACGCGGCAGGCGGUGGCGGCGCGGCUGCGGCGCGCCGUGCCCUACCGCGACCUCAGCGGCCUCUUCGCGCCCGCCGACGCGCCGCAGGUUAAGGGCGAAUUUACCGGUAAGAUGAAAGGGAAGAACGUAAAGGCGGAGGGAUUCAAGCCGGACACGGUUUACGAGUUGAACGAUGAAGACGAGCUACUGUAUGGGGGGGACCAAACGCCGGCUUCUAUGGCCAGUAUCCUGCUGCAGGAGCAGUCGCUGAGCGCCGGCGUCCCGCGGCGCGCGUCCCGCUGGUGGCGGGGGGGGCUGCAGGAGCACAAGCCCUCCUACUGGCUGUUCGUGGUGCGCGACAACGGCAACCUGGAGAUAUACUCGCUGCCCGAGAUGCGCCUCGCCUUCCUCGUGCGAGACGUCUGCGCCGGCGAGCGGGUGUUGGCUGACAGUCUAGAAUCAGUGCCGAUUAUGACCGAAAUGGCGGACGAGGAGGAAUUGAAUACCGGCCACAGUACCAACGUCGACCGCCUUCAGGAAAUUUUAGUCGUUGGUCUGGGGUACAAGGGCUCCAGGGUGCUGCUGCUACUGCGGCUCGAUGACCAGCUCAUGAUUUACCAGGCGUACAAGUACCCGCGCGGCAACCUGAAGCUGCGCUUCUCGCGCGUGUCGGCGGCCUUCUCGUUCGGGUACCGCGGGGGCGCCGCGCGGCCCGCCGACGCGCCCGACGUGCGCCAGCUGCGGUACUUCGGUAACGUGGGUGGUUACAAUGGAGUGUUUAUUUGCGGUCACAACCCUUACUUCCUACUUUUGGGUGCUCGAGGUGAGCUCAGACUGCAUCCCCUAUGUCCCGAUGAGGGAUCGGUCUCCUCGUUUGCAUCCUUCAACAAUACCAACUGUCCACAGGGAUUUUUGUACUUCAAUGCUAAGGGCUCGCUGCGCAUCUCGCUGCUGGCCACGCACCUGUCGUACGAGGCGGCGUGGGCCGUGCGCAAGGUGCCGCUGCGCGAGACGCCGCACGCCGUGACGUACCACGCCGAGUCGCGCACGUACUGCCUCGUGUGCUCGGCGGCCGCGCCCUCGCCCUCCUACUACCGCUUCAACGGCGAGGACAAGGAGCGCGCCGACGAGAACAAGGGCGACCGGUUCCCGUACCCCAUGACGGAGAAGUUCGCGGUGAUGCUGUUCUCGCCGGUCUCGUGGGAGGUGAUACCGAACACCCGGAUAGAACUGGACGAGUGGGAGCAUGUCACCUGCUUGAAGAACGUGUCUCUGUCGUAUGAAGGCACUCGGUCUGGUCUGCGAGGUUACAUCGCGAUAGGGACAAAUUACAACUACGGUGAAGAUAUUACUUCUAGAGGAAGGAUAAUAAUCUACGAUAUUAUAGACGUUGUACCGGAACCGGGCCAGCCUUUAACGAAGAAUAGGUUUAAGGAGAUUUAUGCGAAAGAACAGAAAGGUCCGGUCACGGCUCUCACACAAGUUCUCGGGUUUUUGAUAUCUGCUGUUGGACAAAAGAUCUAUAUAUGGCAACUCAAAGACAAUGAACUAGUGGGCGUGGCUUUCAUAGACACGCAGAUUUACGUGCACAGGAUGUUGGCUGUGAAGAAUUUAAUUUUAGUAGCGGAUGUUUACAAAUCGAUUUCGUUAUUGAGGUACCAGGACCAGCACAGGACACUCUCGUUAGUGUCGAGGGACUUCAGGACGGCUCAGAUUUACGACAUGGAGUUCAUGGUGGACAAUACGAGUCUCGGUUUCCUGGUGAGCGAGGCGGAAGGGAAUUUCGCCCUCUUCAUGUACCAGCCCCAGGCGAGGGAGAGCUAUGGAGGCCAGCGCCUGAUCCGCAAGUGCGACUACCACGUGGGGCAGCAGGUGCACGCCAUGUUCCGCAUCGCGGCGCGGGACUCUACCACCCGACAUUGCACCGUCUACACGACCCUCGACGGCGGUCUGGGCUACGUGCUACCGGUCUCCGAGAAGGUUUACAGAAGACUGCUGAUGUUGCAGAACGUGAUGAAUAACUACUGCUGUCAUAUCGCAGGGUUGAAUCCGAGAGCAUACCGGACGUACAGGAGCGCGCGGCGCAGCGUGGGCGGCGGCGCGGCGCGCGGCGUGCUGGACGGGGACCUCGUCGCGCUCUACGGCGGCCUGCCGCGCGCCGACCAGCUCGACAUUGCCAAGAAAAUAGGUACGAAGGUGGAAGAAAUAUUGGGAGAUCUCUACGAGAUUGACAGACUGACCGCUCAUUUUUAGUUCUAAGAUUGUCUUGUAAAUAUUAUGAAUUACAUUGUUUGAUUACUGCAAA